GUAGUAAGCAGAGAAAAUAGCAAUUAUGUUGAAGACGGAAGGUAACUACGGCGGCAAUGGGUGGGGGGCUAUAAUAUGCGAGGCAUGCGAGACAGCCCCCGCCCAAUUCAUCUGCAAAGCCGACGCCGCCUCGCUGUGUGCGGCGUGCGACGCGGAGAUCCACUCGGCUAACCCACUGGCCCGACGGCACCAGCGCGUGGCGAUCAGCAAGGGCGCCAUGUUUCCUACGGCGGAAGAAGAGGAGGAGGAGGAGGAGGAGGAGGAGGAGGAGGAGGAGGCGACGGCUUCUUGGCUGCUGAUGAAUCCAGUGAAGAACAAUAGCGGCGGAAGCAACAAGAACAACAGCAAUAAUGGACUGUUUUUGUUUGGUGGGGAAGAUGAGGAGGCGGAGGAGGAGGAGUAUUUGAACUUUGUGGAGUUCAAUGGGAAUAAUAAUGGAUUCGGCAAUGGGGAUGAGGAGUUUGAGGGAUUGAAGAACAACUAUGGCGGAGGAGACAGUGUUGUGCCGAUUGAGUUUGAAGGGAAUAAGGAUGAUCAGAUAUUGUUGCAGCAGAGCUACGGAGGCGUUGUUGAUGCCUCUGAAUUCUUUCACUCUUCCUCCAAACCUUCCUACUCCUAUAAUAAUGCCUUCCUCACCCACGCGAUAUCAGUGUCAUCAAUGGAGGUCGGGGUGGUACCGGAGUCAACAACGACAGCCACCGUGAGCGACAUAUCAAUCUCCAACAUGAGGCCACCAAGAGGGACAAUAGAUCUUUUCUCCGGCACGACGACGGCCGCGGCGGUGGUUCAAAUGCCGGCGACCCAAUUGAGUCCAAUGGACAGAGAAGCCCGAGUUCUACGGUACAGAGAGAAGAAGAAGACAAGAAAGUUUGAGAAGACCAUCAGAUACGCGUCCAGAAAGGCCUACGCGGAGACCCGGCCUAGAAUAAAGGGCCGGUUCGCCAAACGAACCGAUGUUGAGGUCCAACUGGACCGGAAAUUCUCCAACCCGUUGACGGCGGAUGGUGGGUAUGGGAUUGUGCCUUUCUUUUGAAGGUGAUGAAGAAGAUGGAAGAAUAGGUACGGAAUGUUGUUGUUGUUGUUAGUGAAAUUAGUAAGCAGUAAUUCUAGGUGAAUUUUAAUUUGACGGUUUAAUUAUAACAUUUGGGUUAAAUGUAUAUGAAUUUUUUACUCUCUGUAAUUACGUUUGAAUUUAGAUAUAGUAUUUU